GUUAGGGGCGCGCAAUUCGGGAGUCGGUCGAAGCUUUACGUCGCAGUAGUGUCUAUCGCCUUGGGUUAGACGGCUGGUGUUUUGUGUUUUCAUCAUGCCCUUACAUUAUAUUUAGGAUUACAAAUACUGUUCUACUUUUCCCUCUUAAAUCGACUAGAACCUUCUAACAUAUUCAUGUGUUAUUGACCGAAACUUGACAGUUUUUUUUAGGUGUCAUAACGAUGCGGCGUUUGUGUCAUGGAGGAUGACAAAAUCCAUAACAUUUAUUGGCGGACAGUACUGUUGACUCUUGUUUUAACUAUGACCAGAUUAUAUAGUAGUGCAGCUAUCUGUCCAACUGCCUGCAGAUGCCAAAAUGAUGUCCUCAAAACAUCAUGUUCUUCCGCCUCUCUAGAAUUUGUUCCUAUUCAACUCAAUCCCGAAUUACAUGAACUGGAUCUCUCGAAUAAUAGAAUUGUUCAAAUUUAUUUUUCUUUUCCGUUUUAUGAAAAACUAAUUUAUUUAAAUUUGUCCACUAACAAAAUCAAAACAUUAGGAAAUAGUAAUUUCAACUCUCAAAUUAAUUUAACCCAUUUGGAUUUGAGUAGUAAUCAAAUUGAGAAUAUAACUAAAGAUACUUUCAAAGGUCUGAAGUCGUUAACACAUUUGGAUCUUAGUAGAAAUAAUUUGAAGGAAUUACAUGUAGCAGCGUUCCGAGAUUUAUACUCUUUAAUCGUCCUCAAACUAUUUAGCAAUAAAAUUGUACAUCUUGACCAGGGGUUAUUAAUGACGACGAAAAAUUUGAAAGAGCUCCAUCUUAACGAUAAUCAGCUGCUGGAAAUUCCAGCAGAUAUUCUGAUAGAUACACUUCAUCUAAUACAUUUAUCAUUAUCAAAAAAUUACAUUCGAGAGUUAAAAGAAGGAGCAAUACCAAAUUUGCCGGACCUUCAAACUCUCCUUUUAGAUGAUAACAUAAUUACAGAAAUUCAUCCAGCUUGUUUGGCAAACCUUAUAAAUUUAUAUUACCUGGAUUUAAGUAAUAAUAAUUUAAAAAUCAUACCUACGGAAUCUCUGUCGAAACUGUCUAAUCUCAACAUAUUAAAAUUAACCGGAAACUUUAUUACUUCAAUACCAGCGGUAGCCUUCAGAGGUUUAUUCAAUUUGAGAAUAUUGUAUAUAGAUCAACUAGAAGCUCUCACAAAAAUUGAUAUGAGAGCAUUUGUAGAUAACGUUAAUCUCGAGAAAGUAAACAUGAAUCACAAUAUUGGUAUGAAUAAGUUACCUUCACGAUUAUUUUACGGAAAUCCAAAAAUAACAUCAAUUUCUGUGACCUAUAAUCAUCUAGGAACAAUAGAAGCCAUUAAUUUUCCAUUGGAUCAAUUGAAAGAAUUGAACGUUGGUGGGAAUCCAUUGCAGUGCAAUUGCUCUUUGAAUUGGCUGUGGCAACUUGUUCAAGAGUACAAAUCAAAAACAAUUAGGUCAAAUCUUACGUUUAUAAAUAAAAAUUCCAAGAUGUCUAAUUCUGAUUUGAUACUUGAUAUCAACGAUAUUACGUGUGAUGGUCCUGAGGAAGUUCAUAACUCACCGCUAAUAAGUUUAGCUAAACAUCAUAUAGAUUGCACUUAUAGUUGGAUAGCUGUUUUUUCAGUAACAAUAUCAGUAAUUUUUAUAUUGAUAAUUGUAGGCGGAGUAAUUUACAUGUCUCCUAAAUCUAUUUUCAAAUCCACUAAUACAGAAUUACCAAUUACUGAGAGGUCAAGAAAUCCAAGUAUUAGGGAAAAGUCUGAAUCGUACGAAGGGAAACUUACCGAAAAAUAUACUUUACCAACUUCAAUGAUUAUUCAUAAUGACUAUGGUACCUAUUCGUGGGAUCCUUGUGGUGCUAGCACUGAAAAUAUAUAUGAACAAUUAAAUGACAGUAAAAAUCGUCCUCAUAUUGUUUACGUAUAAAAUAUUGAUAUUUGCCAAAAUAACUUGUGUAAGGUUAUCUAUAUAUUUGUUUAUUUUUCUAAAGGUCUUUAUUGGAACUUUAUGAAUAUAUAAAUAAUUAACAGGAAUACCUGUUAAUGCGUACAAAUUUGUCUUUUUCGUAUUUGGGGAAAUUUGUAACGAUUAUAUUAUUUGAUUAUAAUGAACAUUAUUAUUAUCAAAUCUUGCCAAUUUUGUUUGUUGUAUUUUUUAAUGUAUAUGUGAUUUUUACCUUUUCACUGUUAAUAAAAGAAAAAAAGUACAUACUAAUAUUAUUUUUGUUUUCCAUAGAGUAAGUAUAUAAUUAUAUCAUAGAGUAGACCAUGUGGAUUUUCUCAUGGGCUACGGUCUUGUAAGUAUCUUUAUGACAACAGCGAAAAGAUUAUUAAAAUACAACCCGAAAACGUUGUUGAUGAAUCGGUGGCACACCUAGUUAAAUAGCCACAUCUAAGUUUGUUAUAGAUUUUGUUUGUAUGUAGGUAUAAUAAUGAGUUAAAUUCAAUGAAAUACAAAUUGACAUUACAAAAAUAUUGUUUUCCUGCAACCAUAGGAAAAAUAUCUCAUCUCCAUCUUUUAUUAGUACGUAUAUUUUAUCGGAAUUUUCUUUUCUAAAGUAAUAAGAAUUUUUUCCUCCUUUUGAGUGAUAGACCAAAUUUCGGAUACAUGAAUGAAGAUAGGUCUAAUUCUUGUUUUACAUAAUUAGAGUAGAGAAAAGUUAGUAAUUUAAUUAUUGAAAAAUAGUAUUGAUUGGCAGCAGUCAACUUAGCUUUUAUCUCCGUGAAAAAAAUUAAAUUUUGUCACCCAAAAUUCCAUUUUGGUAUCGACGAUGUAAUGUUAGAUAAUUUCGCAUCGCAGCUUUCUUUGCGAGGAAUUAGUUAUUGGCCCUACCAAAGUAUUAGGGCAUUAUUUAAUACCAAAACACAUUUUUUCGUCUUUCAGAAUAAACUUUCCUAUUAACCAACUACCAAAGCUCUUUGUAUUUAUAACCUUUCCGCUGAUUUAAUUUGAAACGUCUAUGUGAGCUCAGCAUUUAGGUUUCGUCACAUUAUACUAUUGUUCAUCUUUUUUCUUUAUAUCUGUUUAACUUUCUCAAGAAUUCAAUCCGUUUUGCUAUGAUAUAAUAAUACUCCAUUAAAAAUUUAUCAAUUUUGGUUCGUUUCACUACUUAAUUUCACUAUCCUUCCGGUAUACAUAAAUCGUUCUUCUUCUUCAACAGCUUGGAAUACUGUCUUCAUAGUUAGUUUCUUUUUAUAACUUGCGUUAUAGGACUAAAUGUAAAUUAUUCCUUUUGACCCCUUGGAAUUUUAAGCAUAUAGACACCUUUUAGGAUGAAAAUUGUUUAGGAUAGUAUCCAACUUCGCCCAGGUGCCUGUCUAUCCAAGGUUACAAGCGUGGUAUCAACCGUUUCGUCCACCUUACUCUCUGUUCUCGCUCCCAAGAAUUUUGCCAUUCUUCUAUCGUACUAGUCCUUUCCUCCUGUGCAUUUCUCAAUCCGAAUACUUCCACUUUUCUCAGGUAUAUUGUCCUUUUUUUCCAUAGCAAUAAGUUUCACCGGAAUAACCAUUGCUCUUUUUUGUACUUGUUCUUGUCUUUUUUGAUAUUUUUUUACUCUUAGGAUUUUAGAUAGCACCUAUGAGCAACCUCUUCUUGCUCGCCACUAGACCACCUUCUAUAACUUGCUUAGAGCAUCAACACUCGUUGCGGCUUUGUUAGCUGUGAAACGAAUUUGCUUUCAGAAUUUCAGCUCACUAUCGAUUGUUAUUCCAAGAUACUUGACUGUAUCUUUCAUUUCAAGAUGUUUAUGUCAAAUAGGAAAAAUGUUAUCGAUUUUUUUUUUUUCGUAAGAAUAAUACCAUCUUCCAACUGAUUUAGGGAAAUACUAUAAUUCACUAAAAACAUACAAUCGUGCUCGGCGCUGGUAUGACUUACAGUCUAUCAUAAAAUCCACUCUUCACUCCAUUACAAAUGCAGCAGAAUAAUGUCUCCUACAUACUUACUUAAUAUACCAAGUAAGAAUGUUGAUCUAGCAGCGACUUUACAAAAAUGAUUUUUUUAAUUUCAAAACCUUUUAUUACGUAGGCCAUCAUAUCCUUCCUAAAGUAAGACAUAACAUUAAGUGAUUAAUCGAUUUACCAAAAUGACAUUAGGACUUAAUCAGAGUAAAACUACUUAAUUAAAGGGUGUCCAUAUAUGUAAUACUCCUAUAUGGCCAGUUGGUAUGGAAAAAAAAUGUCCCUACGUUACGGUGCUGACAAUAUUCAUUUUCUCUCUCGUUCGAGAUACUUUAUCUAUACUGCGCAUGCUUGAGAAUGCGCAGAAUCGAGCUGAAACCUAGGAGGAUAGAAAAAUCGUUGCCAUUCUGUCUUCCGUAGUCGGAACAGCUUCCACUUAUAGAAACUGUCCGUAUAGAAGUAUUACAUAUAUGAGGGUCUCUCUCUCUCUAGAUUUAUUCAUAUUGUUUAAAAUUAUUCCAUUAAUCAAAUAUUUAGCUAGCAAGAAGAUGGCAAAUAAGUAUCAUUAUUAUUAUUUUACAGGUUAUUAAUGUAUUGUCCAAAAUUUGUAUCUUAUUUUGGAAAUUAUGUUCCAGAUAUAUUUCAAUGCCCAAGAUGCAGGUGAUUCUUUUGAAAUUUUAAAAUUUGAACACACUUUCAAUAAUUCAACUGUUUGUAUGAAUAUUUAAUAUAUAUGAGGGUUCAAAGUCCGAGACGCAUUCAUUUUCGGAAAACGGAUUUAUUAAAAAUAACAAUAUUUUAUUAAAUGGAAAGCAUUAUGUAAAUAUGUGUCUUUUUUUGCCGAGUACAUUUUUCAUUUAUUCUUAUUAAAAAUGUGUGUUUAUAACCUCCGAAAUAUAUUUUGUACUAAUAAUUACAAAAAGUGUAUAAUUUUUAUGAUAAAAGUGAAUGUAACGUACUACCUAUGGUAAUUGUAAUUACGUAUUCAUAAAAUUGUAAUGUCUUCCUUAUUGUAUAUUUUUAGACAUGUAAGUAAACGAAUCAUAAAUCAAAUAACUGUCCAAUAAAUUAAAAACUGUAACUUAAUACCUUCAUUUCUCCAAAUAUCUCAAAACAAUAAUGAUAUUUAUAUUGUGACUAAUAUUCACAGCAAUUAUUUGAAAAAAGAGGAAGUCACUUACUAUCCAACUCUCCAAAUCAUAACUAUACUUAGUUAUAGUAUACUUAUAGUGGAGUAUUGAUCUGUAGCUUACCUAUUUUGGUCAUCGAAACAGGAAGAAAAUAAAUUUUAGCAAAAAGACAAACUGUAACGGUAUAGGUAUCCGUGUGGCUUUGUCUUUACAAUAUACUAUAAAAGACUCUAUCGUCUACUUUUUAUUUAGAUGUAAAUUUGUCACCAAUAUAUUGAUCUAGCAGUACCUCUGGAAGUUUUCAAUUUCUGUCUUGUUUUUGAUUUAUUUUUUCUUUACAUCCUUUUUACAUUAAUAACUGACUCUCUUCAUCUAGGUAUUGGA